AUGCCUAUGUGUUUUAUAUGUAAACAAACAUUCAGUUUAAAUUCUAAUUUAAUCACUCAUUUAAAUAUUUUUCACGAUCCAAAAUCUUUGAUGGAGUUUAAAUGUUUGGAACCUAAUUGUUGUAGAGUUUUGACUACUUUUCACUCAUAUAAAAAUCAUUUGACCCAACAUACAAACUUACCCGAUGUUUCAACUUCUAAUGAGUAUUUGAAUUUUACUAAAGAACACAAAACUUCAGCUCUACACUUUGUCAGUUGCCCAGUUUUAAAUGAUGACAUCCCUUCAAGUCAUCACUGUACAGAAUCAAUUACAAUUAAACAAUUUAAUAAUACAUUGCGUUAUAACUCAAUAUCAUUGGCAUCUAAGUGGUAUAAUAAUAGUGUGAUUCCCAGAAAAAUAAUACAAGUUUUGUUUGAUGAUAUACAACAAUUUAAUCAUUCAUUUUUAUCUCUUUUAAAAAAAAACUCCUCGAUAUUAUAA